GUCCGGCGGCGGCGGCGCGUGUUCGGCGCCGACAGCAGGUUCCGCAUCCGGGACGCGCGGUUCCUGACGCGCUUCCCCUUCAGCGCGGCCGUGAAGCUCUCCACCGGCUGCAGCGGCGCCCUCGUCUCCCCCGCGCACGUGCUGACGGCCGCCCACUGCGUGCACGACGGCCGCGACUACGUCCGAGGGAGCAGGAGGCUGCGGGUGGGGCUGCUGAAAAUGAGGAAGAAGGGCGGCGGCCGGAAGCGCGGGGGCGCCCCGCGGGCCAGGAGGGGCGCGGACGGCGGGGACCGAGGGCGGGGAGUCGGGGCGGGGCUGCGGGAGCGAGCGCGGGGCGGAGCACGGCGGAGGGAACCCGCGGGGGCUCAGAGAAGGGCGGAAGGGCGGCCCUCCUUCCAGUGGACGCGGGUCAAGAGCACCUACAUCCCCAAAGGCUGGGCCCGAGGCGGCCGCGGGGACCCCGCCCUGGACUACGACUACGCCCUGCUGGAGCUGAAGCGCGCGCACAGGAAGCCGUACAUGGAGCUGGGAAUCAGCCCCGCCGUCAAGAAGGUGCCCGGCGGGAUGAUCCACUUCUCCGGAUUUGACGACGACAGGGCCGAUCAGCUGGUCUACCGCUUUUGCAGCGUGUCUGAUGAGUCCAGCGAUCUCCUCUAUCAGUACUGCGACGCGGAGUCCGGCUCCACCGGCUCGGGGGUCUACCUGCGUCUGAAAGAGCCAGGCGAGAAGAAGUGGAAGCGCAGAGUCAUCGCGGUGUACUCAGGCCACCAGUGGGUGGACGUGCACGGCGCGCAGAAGGACUACAACGUGGCCGUGCGCAUCACCCCCCUCAAGUACGCGCAGAUCUGCCUCUGGAUCCACGGAAACGAUGCCCACUGCGCUUCCGGCUAGGAGAGAGCUGGAGAAGGGCAGUGUGUCCUCCAAACCUGCAGGAGGAAGCCUGCUCUGAUGACUAAGGGGGUCACCUCGUAGGGUAUGCCUCCACUUGAGUCUGUCCAGGGCGUUCCAACAUUAUUCCAAAUGUACUUUUUCAAAAUUAGGGUAUUUUCACACAUUUUAAAACGUUUAGGUGCAGAUAAUGAAACACCAGCAUCUACUCUGCACAGUGAUGUUUUCUUUUUGUUUUUUGGUUUUCCUCCGGUACCGG